GAGAAGUUGUAAAACUAACCUUAAAUUGAAAUAGUCAAGCUAUCACAAUGAUAAAAUACUAUUCAUGCUACCCAAAAGAACCAGAAAAACCAAUGAAUCAAAUCAAUCAAACAUAAAAUCAAUUCAAAAGGUCAACAUUUGCCUUGUCUAAUCAAUUCGUAGAUCUUUAACUAUCAUAAUGAUACCUAAACCUAAGUGCAAUAGGUUUUAAGAUAGGUUUGAUUGUAAUUAAAUUAAGUAAUGGAAACCAAAUCAUUCUAUAAUCCAAAUCGAUUGGUCUUUAGAUGAUAAAUUAAUGAUUUCAUGGAAAUUUUCUGACUUGAACUUGACAAAUAGUCAGAAGUGGUUUGAAAACCUGAAUGAAUUUUGGAUGUAUCAAAUUUAUGGAAUGAUGGAUAUUGAAGUUCUUCUUCAAAUGCUAAAAUUACACUUGAAAGAAAGAAGAACCUCGAUCAUAAUUCAAAAUUAAUAUUUCUGAUAUCAGUUUCAAAAUGAAAAAGUU